CAGCGCAAAUCGAGAUUGCCAUCUACAAAUAUGUCAUUAACAACGGCCGUCGAUAUUGCCGUGCAGGUCAUCGUUCCCAACGAAAGCAGUGAUGGGUCACAGGCACCUCUUCUCUCCGCUGAACGACGAAUUACCCCAUCAUGGACCAUCUCGCAACUCAAGGGCAAGCUGGAACCAAUCACGGGCAUUCCUGCAUCAUCACAAUCCAUCCGCACUCGCAGUUUGAAUUCCGAUGCCUGGAUCACCAUGGACGACGACACGGCAUUGGUCGGGGACUCGCGCUUCAACCUACGCAAGGGGUCCGAGAUCUACCUGUGUGACACGCGGCCAUCACAUCUACGGCAGACCAUCAACUUUGCGGAUGUGAGUUCAGUCGAGAAGUACCAGAUGCCCGAGGCCGAGUACGAGAAGCUCGAAGAUUCCGUACUGGCCUGGAAGCGGCGGCAGAAGCUGGGCCGGUUUGAUCCUAAUGCCAAGUCGGCCGAGGAGCUAGCAGUGGAAAGAUUCCAGGCUGAUUCAACCGCAAUCUCGCAGAAGGGGAUCAAGGUCGGCCAGAGAUGUAGAGUCGGCAAAGACGAUUCCCGUAGAGGCGCCAUCAGGUUCGUGGGAGAGGUUCCAGGCCUGGGAGGUUCCCGGGAAGCCGGUUGCGUCUGGGUCGGCGUCGAGCUCGAUGAACCCUUGGGCAGGAACGAUGGCAGUGUCAGUGUUGAGCUGGACAACGGCCAACACCAAGUCAAGAGGUUGUUUCAGACUCGAGACAAGUAUGGUGUCCUGGCUCGUCCGGACAACGUCCAAGUCGGUGAUUUCCCUGUCCUCGACGACCUCAUCGACGAGGACAUGGAGGAGAUAUGAAGAGUGAUGUCUCCAGCGUGGGUUAUCGUUGGAAGAAUCAAACGUGGCAAGCCCCAAGGUUCCCUCUAUCCGUCUUUCUUGCCGUCAUCUCCUGGCCUCUUUUAGGUCUUACAACUGAGCAGUCUCUUUACCAUACCCUCAGCAUUCGUCGUCCAUCAAUCAAUCGCACUCGUUAACGCAUGGCCGCCAUGAUAUUCAGCUCGAUUGCAGGCCUUGUCGGGUAUAGUCAAACAACCAUCGAGCAAUUGUGGAUGAAGCAAGCAGCGUCUUCAAUACUCUGCGGCUUGUCAUCUCGCUCGCAGAGGUUCACCAUACAAUUAAUGACCUUCGCCAUCCUUUUCUGCGAUGGAUGGUCAUUUGUCAAACUUCAAACAUGAGCCGCACUACCUGCUUAGAGCCUGAAGCUUCAUCGUCGGGCCGAGAAGCAGGAGUCAGACCACCUCGCUCAGAUCAGGGACUCUCGCUCAGGUUUACGGGGUACGGACGGGUUCAUAGAUCAGUACCUCUAGUCUAACGAGUCAGCCUCUUCUUGAGAAUGCCAUGCUCUAUCUAC